UGCCACAGUUAUUCGUAUCUCCUACAUCAUAUCGGUGUGUAGUUGAUCGGUGUACAUACAUUGAAAUUAUUCAAAAUUUCAUUUAAACUGAGCCCUGAGGCCCUUGUUCAAUGAGAUAAUGGUGACUUGGAGUUCCUGUGUGCUGCAUCACUCCAGUUCAGCGUCCUGAGCUGCUGAUCACAGAUUUAAGACCAGCAGACAACAGGAGCAGUGACUGAGGCAGUCCCAGCGGCAUGCUGCUGUGCAAGACACUGUUGCGCAAGGGCAGGCAUUGCUGCGGUCUGCGCCUGUUGCGAUGUGCUGUGACGAUUGUUGCAGUAGUAGCACUUGUCAUGGUGUUGUACUCUGCCUACUAUCUGGGCCAGGCACACGUCAUUCAGGCGAUGCACCAUCAGCCGCCGACAGUCCGCGUCACUUGCGGCGCACCGCCAGCAAACGGCGCCGCCUCUGCCGACGAUGACGCACGUCACCGCUCGGCCGCCCGACUCCGGCUGGAGCCCAAAGUGCUUCUCUUCCUCGAGUCGCAGUACUCUGCCCGCGCCAAGGAGCUGAGCACCCUGCUGACGGCCAGUGGCAUCCGCUACAAGAUAGUGACGUCGGCCGCCCUGCCGACGUUCACUGCCGGCGGCCGCGGUCGGUACGGCGCUCUGCUGUUCGAGUCGUACGAACGCUACCUGGCCAUGGACGCGUGGAGCCGGGCGAUCGUGGACCGCUACUGCACCGACUUCGACGUCGGUAUCGCGGCGUUCAUGCCGGCUCGUGAGGAGAGCCUGCACGGUGCCACGCUGCCGGGCUCGGCGCUGCGCAUUCACACUAACCUGGCGCUGCGGGACGCGCGACUGGAUCCCGAGUCGCCGGUGCUGCGUAUGGCGCGCGCCGGUGAGACGCUGUGGGGUGCCGUGCCUGGCGAGGCACAUACAGUGUUUGUGCACAACCAUACAUCGUAUCGUCCAGUGAUGAUGGCAGAACUGGGCGGGCCAGAGCUGGCCGCCGGUCGCCUACAGGGCGCGCCGCUCACAGUGGUGGUACAGGACUGCGGCUACCACGACGGUAUCAGACGCGUGCUGUUCGGUGUCAGUCCGAUGUUCUGGCUGAGUAAGCUGCUGUUGCUGGACGCGUUGUCGUACCUCUCGCACGGCCGGCUGGCAGGGGACCUGGAGCGACGCAUUCUGGUCGACGUGGACGACAUUUUCGUCGGCAAAGCGGGAACCCGGAUGAAGCCGGCUGACGUGGAGGCGAUGCUGGCCAGUCAGGAGCGGCUGCGCAGUCUGGUUCCUGGCUUCACUUUCAACCUCGGCUUCUGCGGCAAGAUGCUGCACUCUGGCACAGAUGAGGAAGACGCCGGCGACGAUGCGCUGCUGGCGGCCGCCGACAAGUUCUGGUGGUUCCCUCACAUCUGGAGCCACAAGCAGCCGCACACCUUCGCCAACCGGACCGCCAUCGCCGAACAGAUGGCGCUCAACAAGGCGUUCUCCGCCAAACACGGCAUUCCCGUGCUGCACCAGUACGCCGUGGCGCCGCACCACAGCGGCGUCUACCCCGUCAGCGACCAGCUGUACGAGGCGUGGCGCGAGGUGUGGGAUGUGCGACAGACGUCCACCGAGGAAUACCCGCACCUGUACCCCGCCGGCCAGCGGCGAGGCUUCGUCUACCGCGACGUGCGCGUGCUGCCCCGACAGACGUGCGGCCUCUUCACGCACACCAUUAUGAUAGACGAGUACCCGGGAGGACGACAGGUACUCGAGGACAAAAUUCGCGGCGGUGAACUGUUUCAGACGAUCGUCACCAAUGCGAUCUCGGUGUUCAUGACACAUCUGAGUAACUACGGUAACGACCGCCUGGCGCUGUACGCGUUCGAGUCGGUGGUGCGUUUCGUGCAGUGCUGGACGCGGUUGCGGCUGCAGACGGAGCCGCCCGACCGGCUGGCCGACCUUUACUUCCAGCGCUUCCCGGAACAACGUGACCCGGUGUGGGGCAACCCGUGCAAGGACCAGCGCCACCUGAAUCUGUGGCGUCUGGCGGGCAACGCGUCCGUAUGUGAUCGGUUCCCGAAGCUGCUGAUCCUGGGACCGCAGAAGACGGGCAGCACGGCGCUGCUGAGCUUCCUCAGCCUGCACCCGACGCUGCGGGCCAGCCUGCCGAGCCCGCAGACAUUCGAGGAGGUGCAGUUCUUCAAUGGUGACAACUACCUGCGAGGGAUUGAUUGGUACCUGGAGUUUUUCCCGGUGCCCAACAGCGACUCAUCGGUGUACCUCUUUGAAAAGAGCGCCACGUACUUCGAUGGCGAUGCCGUACCCAAACGAGUGUUUGCUCUCCUGCCGAAAGCCAAACUGGUGGUGAUCCUGCUGAGCCCGGCGGCGCGGGCGUACAGCUGGUACCAGCACCAGCGCGCUCACGGCUUAACGGUGGCGCUGGAGCACUCGUUUCUGGAGGUGAUCACAGCCACCAACCAGUCGGCCCGGGCGCUGCGGCAGCUGCGGAACCGCUGUUUGGAGCCGGGCAAGUACGCGGCGCACCUGGAGGCGUGGCUGCGCUACUUCCCUGCUGAGCAGCUGCACCUAACGGACGGCGAGCGGCUGCGUACGGACCCCGUCACCGAGCUGCACCGGCUGCAGGACUUCAUACAGGUAUCUCCCCGGGUCAACUUCACCAAAUUGAUCACCUACGACGCCGAGAAGGGCUUCUACUGCCAGCGCGUGCCAUCCGGCUCUGGCGGCGGCAGUCGCACUCGCUGUCUCGGCGGCGGCAAAGGCCGAAAAUACGACCCAAUGUCCGACGACGAGGAACGAGUCCUCAAGAAAUACUUCUUCAUCUUCAACCAGAGGCUGAGCAAGCUGCUGAAACGGAUCGGGAAGCCGGUGCCGGACUGGCUGGUCAGAGAGCUGACUGAUGUGCCGGCGACAGGGUGAUGUGGGGAGGGACCAG